CGAGAAGAGCUCGCUAUCAAGACGAGCAGCCUUGACUUCUCCUCACGCCAUCUUCGGACCAUCAGACUACCUCGUGCUCCGUCUGACGAUUGGAGAGCAGACGAUAGGAGCGCAUCGCGCCAUCCGCGUACCCCAUUUACUCACCAACCUCACAACAGCAUUCAACGGCAACAAUGAUCAUCCAUCACUCGCCCUACCCUGACCUUGCCAUUCCCGCCGUUACUCUACCCACCUUCAUCUUCCGCCCCCUCGACAAUAGUCAAGAUGAGCAAGUCCCAGGCAGCCAGUCUCGCCUCGACUCUCCGCUGUUAAUGGCGGUCCCCCAAGAUGAAAAGUACAAUCCAAAACCCACAAGACCUAGAGCCUCCGCAGAGGGCGGUGCGCUCAGCUUGCGUCAAGCAAAAGAGAGAGCUGAGAUGUGGGCGCUUGGGCUCAGGCAAGAGCUGGGAUGGGGAGGUGGUGACGAUGAGCAGGGACGAGGAAAGAGGAGAGAGGCGGCUGAGGAGGGAGAGGCGGAGAGGGUGUUGAGCGUUGUGAGCGAGAACCAGCAUGACUACGCCUGUGCAGUGCUAGGUGCCAACCUAGUUGGGGCGUGUGCUGCGUUGCACAAUCCCUCUUACACUCCCUCGGAGCUGGCUCAUCAGCUACGCCUUGUCAGCUCUUCUGCCAUUCUGUGCUCGACGAAGGCGUACGAAAAGUGUCGUCAGGCAGCAGAGGAAGCGUCAAGUGAAGCAGGCGAGGGACUUGAAGCCUUGCCGUCAACACCGAAGAUUUGGGUGUUCGAAGAGCCGCAGGAUGAAGAUGGAAGUGCGGCAGCCCCGUCGACGUCUAGUCGCCCCGCCUCCUGGUUCGAAGCAGGCUCUUUGGCCCUUUCGUCAUCUACGUCUCCAAGCUCUCUGCUCUCCGGUCUGUGGACUUGGCACACUGCCCACGUCAGGCCAGGGGACGACGCCGUGUACUGCUUCUCAUCGGGCACGUCUGGUAGGCCGAAAGCUGUGCGACUGUCUCAUGGCAACCUGGUGGCCAACACAAUCCAGGCGACUUGCUUAAUGAGAGACAGGACGGAGAGCCCGCUCUUUGACAGGUGGCACAAGGGGGAUAAGGAGGGUUGGUACAGCGGUCUACCUAGGGCCGCCAAGAAGCAGCAAGCAAGCAAGAGUACGACUGCUGGUAGCGGUGGAUUACUCCGCAAGCUCAAAUCGAAGCUCAAUUUGAGCCGGUCCUCACCAGAUAAGGGCACCUCCUCCCCCUCCACCACCUCUGGCUCCUCUGGUGGCAUCUCCAUCCCCAAACCCUCUCAAGAAAUACACAUCGACCUCCUCCCCCAGUUCCACUGCUACGGCCUCCUAGUCUCCCUCGUAGCCCUGCACACAGCCACUCCGCGGUACGUCUUGGGACGAUUCUCCCUCCCAACCUUCCUGCACCUCGUCCAAGAUCACAAGGUCACAUUCGCCUUUGUUGUCCCACCCGUCCUCUUGGCGCUGGCAAGGUCGAAGGAGGUUGACGAGUACGACUUGUCGAGCCUGCGUAGGCUGGCAUCGGGGGCAGCUUCUCUACCUGAGGGGCUGAGGCGGGAAGUCUGGGAGAAGCGCAAAGUGAUGGUAACAGACGGAUUUGGGAUGAGUGAGAUGAGCCCUAUCGUCUGUUUGCAGACACUGGCCGACGUCUGUGAAGACAUCCAAGGGGAGUCAGAGGAGGAGAAGACGCAGAGGCUCAACGGUGUAGGCAGGCUGGCACCUAGCACUCAAGCCCGGGUCAUCGACGAAGAAGGCAAUGACGUACCGGCCGGUAGCGGCAAGACGGGAGAGCUCCUCCUUCGUGGCCCUCAACGCAUGACGGGCUACUUGCGCAACCCAGAGGCCAACGAAUCCGCCUUCCAUCGUGACGGCAGCGAUGGUGGUCUGUGGUUAAAGACGGGCGACGUAGUUUCCCUCUCCCCGGCACCACACAGUUACCUCCGCAUAACCGACAGGCAGAAAGACGUCAUAAAGGUGAAAGGGUUCCAAGUCUCCCCCGCCGAACUCGAGGAUCGCAUCCUCUCCGACUCAACGGUGCACGACGUGGCCGUCGUUGGGCUCACAAAGCCCGGUGGGGAUGGAGAAGAAGUCCCCUGGGCCUUUUGCGUGCCUGCCGAGGGGCAGAGCAAGGAAAAGGGCCAAGAUGCGAAAGAGGUGGCUCAACGGGUGAACGAAAGUGGGAAAUUGGCCAAGUACAAGUACCUCGGUGGAGCUACGUGGGUCAAGGACCUGCCAAAGAGCGAUGCUGGAAAAGUGUUGAAGAGGCAGCUGAGAGAUUGGGCUAAAGAGGAGGGGAUCGAUGGGCGGUGAUGCUGAGAAGAAGUACUGCUGAGCGUUGAGUAAUGGAGCCAAGAUAAUACAAUACCAGAGUUCAAACGAGCACAGCGAUUGGGAGCUUGCGCG